CGUAGCUAGUUUUUUAACUAUCGUUUCACGUUUGCAUGGCCUUUGCUUUUUUCCUGCAGCUUGAAACAUAUCAGGCUUGUGUUUAUGUUGAAAAAAAUUUCGAACUUGAUGACAUAUAUUUGGCAGCUGCUGAUGUUGUAAAAAAGCUGGUAUCUACUCGAGAUGAGAGUAAGAUAGUGAAUAAUAUUACACUCUACUGCAACAAAGAUAAUACGAUUGAUGGUUAUUGUCAAGUUACGAGCACUUCGGAUAUAGUUUCUGGUUGCGUGAUUCAAAUUGUUCUAAAUGAUAAAAUUCAAAUUGAAAGACAAGUACAAGUUGUCGGUCACAAUUUUCAAGUACAUAGUUAUCGAUCACCACAUUUUUGUGAUUAUUGUGGGGAAGUAUUAUUUGGUUUGGUACGUCAAGGUUUACGCUGUUCGGGUUGUGGUCAAAAUUUUCACAAAAAAUGCGCGUACAAAAUACCCAACACAUGUACUGGUAUAAGUACCAGAUCAAGUUUAACGAAACAAUCCAGUUUUGAAAUAAAUAACCAAUCAUCAUCCAAUUUGUCAAAAAAUACCGUUCAGUCACAUUCACUCCAUGGAAAUGAAGACCAAUCUCUAUCAGUUCAGUUUCAAAAAAAUAAAACUCAACGAUCUUUAGAUACCGGUUUGGAAAGCAAGUCGGCUGAUUUGAAAAGUCACUUAAAUCAAGAAGCUAAUGAUAAUGAUCUGAGUAAUACAACAAUCCAAAGGUAUAAGACAAUUAUUAAAAUUGGUCAAAUUCAACCAAUUAAUACAUCGCCUCUUAGAAAAAGUAGUAUACUACUAGGUAAACCAUUAUGGAGUCAACAAGUUAUUGAAAAACCACUUGAAGUUCCACAUACAUUUGAAUUGAGACGAAGUGCUAAACCUAUUGUUUGUCAAAAUUGUCAUCGUUUAUUACAUGGAUUAUUUCGUCAAGGUUUACAGUGUAAAGACUGUAAAUUAUGGGUACAUAAGAAAUGCGCCACAUCGAUACCGAACAAUUGUGAUGGUGAACAAUUUUCUCAAGAAGAUAAUCCUAUCAAAGAUACACAGUCAAGAAAUCCCUCCGCACUAUCAAUAACAACAUUGUUAGGAGUACAAGAUCCAACGACAUUAUCAUCACCAUUAUCAUCCACAUCAUCGUCAUCAAGUGGACCAAGUAAAUUUAAAAAACGUUUAUUUCUUCGUGGACAGACAGUUAGUGCUAUUAAUUCUCAAACUACAAAUGAACAACAACAACAACUGGAAACACCGUCAAUCGAUCAAAAACACAACAGAUUUUUACAUACAACACAAAGACAAGUAACUGAAGAAAAUCUAUGUUCACCAUCAAAAAAUGAACUGACAGAAAUUCAACCGCAUUUUGUAGAGCUUACAUCAAAAUUAUUAUCCUCAUCAAAUUCUUCCACUGUUAAUAAAUUAAUUCAAUCAACUGAUUUAAAAACUAUUCAGUCAACAAUUGAAGAACGUAAAGCACAUUUCCGUGCACGACAUCAAAUUAAGCAAUUAUGUGAACCAGAUAUGAAAUUUAAUGGUUUAGUUAAAUCAGCUGAUACCGAUCCACAGAGCAGUGAAAGUGUCUAUCAAACAACUCAUUUACAAAUGGAUUUACAUAACUUAUCAACUGAUUUAAGGAGUUCAAUUGAAAGACCUUUGGUAAAGGUUAAUCCAUUGUUAUGUGGACAACGAAAUAUUCCAUUAAUGCGUGUAGUUCAAUCAGUUCGUCAUACUAAACGUUCUGGAAGUAGUUUAAUCAUUAGAGAAACUUGGAUGGUUCAUAGAACUAAUAAGGAUCCAGUUUUGCGUCGACAUUUUUGGCGUCUUGGGACUAAAUCAAUAACAAUGUUUUAUCAUGAGAAAACAAACCGUUAUUUCAAGGAACUUAAUUUAAACGAUAUCAUUUGCUUGGAACCAGCUGGUACAAAUCCUUAUCCAUGGUGUCAUCCAAACACUUCUCAGGCUAGUACUACGACUACUACUACUACAAUAGCCACAACAAAUAAUUGUUCAAAUACUAUUAAUAAAAAUAUAAAUGAAUGUGAAACUCGUUUAAAAUCGUUAAAUCUCAAUGAGUUCACAACAAAGUUAAUUAAAAAUAAUAAUAAUAACGGUAUGAAAUUAGAUAAUUCACUUAUUAUACCGGAUCACGUGUUUGAAUUACGUUGUGUUGAUGAUUUAAUUUAUUAUGUUGGUCAGUUAGGUUAUAUGGAAAGUCUAGAUAAUGAAAAUGAUUCUUCAUUAUUGUUUAAAUUACAUUCUCGGCGUAAAUCACAUUUUCCAGCAUUACCAUCAGCUGUAUCUUAUGUACGUAAAGCUUCUGCUCCACUUUAUGGUUUAGUAUAUUUACCUGAACCACCACCACAACCACCGCUAUCAUCAUCAUUAUUGACUACAAAUAUAAAAUCAUCUAAUUUCUUAAAAGUUGAUUUAUCUCAAUGCAUGAAAACUCAAAUGACUGGUAAUUGUAUACAAGAAAAUUCUAUAAGUGAUGGUUGUUAUCGUGCAGCGAUUCUCCCACCGCCCCCAGGAACUGGUUUAGAUUUAGCAAAACAUUUAGAAACAGCUAUACGUCAAUCAAUGUUACCUUUAACUUCAAGAACAAGUUCACAGAAAAAUACUACAAUCAACAAUGUAAAUUAUCAAUCUACAAAAACAAUUCAACAACAAGGAGAUAAAGAAAUCUUGGAACAAACUCAUGAAACACAAGAAUCCAUGACUUCAUCAAUUACAAAUAAUAAAUUUAUUAUACCAAAACUUGUAACAAUUAAUUCACCAUUAUGUAAAGAUCCAGUCAACAUAUCAGAGUGUUCACAAACUUGUAACAAAGAAAUUGAUGUAAAAACUAUGGAAAUAUCAGAUUUAGAAAAAGCUGAAGAAGAUGAUGAUGGUACAGGUAGUUCAAUAAGUGCUUUUAUUGAAAGUAAACAACCUAGUGAUAAUGUCCAAGCAUUGUAUGAAAUAUUUCCAGAUGAAGUUUUAGGCUCUGGACAAUUCGGUAUUGUUUAUGGAGGUAUACAUCGUAAGACGAAACGUGAAGUGGCCAUUAAAGUCAUUGACAAAUUACGAUUCCCUACUAAAAGAGAGGCACAACUAAAGAAUGAAGUAUCCAUUCUGCGUAAUCUUAAUCACCCCGGAGUGGUAAAUCUUGAAAGAAUGUUCGAAACACCAAAGCGCGUAUUUGUGGUAAUGGAAAAACUAGCAGGUGACAUGCUGGAAAUGAUCCUUGGAUCGCCACAAGGUCGACUGACAGAAAGAGUUACGAAGUACCUGGUGACGCAAAUACUAGUUGCUUUGCGAUAUCUCCACCUACGAAGCAUAGUACACUGUGAUCUCAAGCCAGAAAAUGUCCUACUGGCUAUACCACCCAACACAGAUGUGAAUAAUAUGGGACUGCCGGAAGUUUCUCAGGUAAGAUGUGUUAGGAUCCUCGGAUAACACUUAUGCCAUUCAAAAAUGGCAGCAUAAGUAAAACAUACGUCACAGUGGUGAGCAGUUGAUUACACCGACCGUGAUUAAUACGGCCACUCAAAUGUCAUCCAAUGCAGCACAAAUGCCACUUCGUUUCACUCCACAGAAACAAGACCGCCAUCGUGUUCUUGCGCAACCGAAUAUCACCUAGUGUCAAAAGAGCAGGAAAUCGCUCUCCUCGAAACUUAACUCCCACCCCAUUUUUUUAUUUACAGAGUGUAGCCCGACAGUUCCCCCAGAUCAAGCUGUGCGACUUCGGAUUUGCAAGGAUUAUAGGCGACAAGUCUUUCAGACGAUCGCUGGUUGGCACACCAGCCUACCUAGGUAAGUUUAGAACUUAAGUCGUAAUAAAAGACGAUCAUAAAGAUGUGAGAAAAGAUCACGGGACUAUGUAGAUGAUAUAACACUCCACUUUUCAUUUCAGCUCCUGAAGUACUGAAAAACCGUGGAUACAACCGAGGGAUCGAUAUGUGGUCUGUUGGAGUGAUACUUUAUGUAAGGUAAAUCAGAUUAUGUCGAAUCUAGCUAACGUGCCUGAAAUUGGUAGUCUUAGUGGGACAUUUCCGUUUAAUGAAGAAGAGGAUAUAACCGAGCAGAUAGAAAAUGCCGAAUUUAUGUAUCCAAGUGACCCGUGGGACAGUAUAUCUGAAGACGGUAAGACCCACUUUAGGAAAUAUAUGUAUUUUUAUAAGCCAUACAUCUAAUUACACAUUUGCUGCAAGUACGUCUACGAAACCGAUUCUCCGUUGAGAGAAGCCUCAACCACAUUUGGAUGCAGGACUACAUAUGUUGGUGCGACUUACGUCGGUUGGAAGCCACACUCUCAAACGAAAGUCGGUUUCUUACUGCAAGUGCAGAUGAUGCGCGGUGGGAAAGAUAUCGUGAAAAGUGGAACGGCGAGAUUGAUGCAGAACCAAGGAACCGUGUUUCCGAUCAGACGUUACACGAGCUUCCUACAUGGAGGGAACUCGCUUGGAGAACAGACAUACAUUUUUAGCCCAUAUACUUGCAGCCAAACGAACUUGUACGAAACCCAUUGUGAUGUAAUAAAAAAAACUUUUUUAAUGAUUGGUUUGUGACACUUGUGCAUAAUGGACAGGCCGAGUGAGACAAAAAGAUAGCACAAUGGAAAUGUGAAACAAAUUAGAGUUCAACUAAAUGUAUUACGAGGAAUUAAGUUCAUAAAUCAAUUUUAGCGAUAACCGGUGUAAUAUUGACUCAUUGUUGGCGCUGGCGGAGCGGCAGCAGUUGGGACUCCACCUGGAGGAGCUCCGCCAACUGGGAUAGUACCAUAUCCAGAUGGAUAAGUAGAAUACCCAGGGUAAUAGCUUGCAUAAGGAUUUGCGGCUGGUGUUUGUGGUGUUACUGUUGCAGUUGGAGCACUUGGAACGCUGCUGGAUACGCUACCGGACACAGCCGAAGGCUGUUGCUGUUGUUGCCACGCGUUAAAUUGUUGUGCAGCAACCAUCGCUGCAUCAUACUUUCCAGCUCCUUGAGUACUUCCUGUAGCGCCUUGAGGAGCACCAUAGUAGUAGGAGGCAUAAGCUGCUGCAGUCGGUGUCGAAUGGUCAGAUGUGGCAGUAGUGGUGGCGGCGGAAGAAACUGCUGGCGCGGCUGUCUGUUGAGUUAGUUGGGGUUUGUCAGCAACAGCUGAGGCAUAUAGUGACUGUUGGGUGGUACCAGUGGUGGGUGCACAUCGACUAACCGUUGCGGAUGGUUGAGCAGUUUGCGACCCGUAUGUACCAUAUCCGUACCCAUAGUUGUAAGCGCCAUAAGAUUGGCUAACGGGAGGGGCGUUUGCAUUACUACUUCCAUCAGGUUUUGUAUUCUGAGUAGAAUAACCAUACCCGUAACUUUGUGGUUGAGCUUGCUG